UUAGUGGUAACCGGUCGCCCCAUGGGGGCUCAUUCUUCCUUCACGUUACUCGUAUUACUUUGCCGUUCCUCUCUCUCUUGCUGUGUACAGGAAAAAUGUCCGUUCCGAUUCCCACCCGGCAACGAGAUCUACCGAUGUGGCAAUGUCUCGGUCUUCGAGGUGGACGGUUACACUUCUCGACUGUAUUGUCAACAAUUGUGCCUGCUGGCCAAGCUGUUCUUAGAUCAUAAAACACUCUACUACGAUGUGGAACCUUUUCUGUUUUACGUAGCCGCACUACGCGAGGAUGAUUGUUUUCAUCUUGUCGGAUAUUUCUCCAAAGAGAAACAAUCAGCCCAGAAGUACAAUCUAAGCUGUAUUGCUGUACUGCCCCCGUAUCAGAAACUGGCUUACGGUCGGUUCUUGAUCGAUUUCAGUUUCCUUCUCUCUCGCAUCGAAGGUCAACCGGGUUCGCCGGAGAAGCCACUGUCCGAGUUGGGCCGUCUUUCAUACGAAUCCUACUGGCGCUCCAAGGUACUUCCAUACAUUCUCCUCUCGUUGUCAGAUAAGCCGACCACGGAUGUAACCGGCACGAGCGUAUUGACCAACGGUGGACCUGGUAGAGAUGCAGAUCGGCUCGAUUUUACCGAAUGUGUAGUAACUAUUCAUCAAAUCACCGCCGCCACAGGAAUCGAUCCACAUGAUGUGGCUGCUACCAUACAACAGUUAGCCACUUCUGUCGAACUGGGAACUGACGGAAGGUAA